AUGAGCGUACUGGUUGACAAACUUGCUUCGAUUAAGGAAGAAGAUUUGUCGCGAAUGCAGUUCUCGCAGAUGCCUGGUGAUGUUGUCGCUGAAGUAUACACGCAAAAAUUCCGUGAACGUGAACGUAAACGUCAAUUGUGGUGUUGUUUCGCGAGCUGGAUGGAGUCGUUUAAACGGCGAAGGCGACGAAGAGCUGCUAAGCGACGUUAA